AUGCAUGAAUUCCCAAAUCGACAACAACAACCACCGCAAUCUCAACAACAACAAUCUCAACAACAACAACAACAACAACAACAACAACAACAACAGAAUGGACGACUAGCACGUGUCCCACGGCCACCAAUACCAUCUACGAUUCCCGCACAAUACCGAAAUGGUUUGAAUUCAGGCACAUCAACAUCCGUACCUUCACGUUCUUCUGCUUACACCCAUAGUUCAUAUUAUUCUUCUGAGUAUGAGGAGGAGACAUCCUCCUACGACUCUGAAGAGAGUGAUGAGACACUUUACACACCAAGCAAUCAGCCUUUCUUUCUCCGCAUGCCAAUGGGUCGAACAGAUAGCGGUGAUUCUUGGUUCCCAACUGGAGGACGCGAACCCACUCUCUAUUCACUCACAAGUGUGGCUCUUAUGAGCAGCACACCUGUCUCUCACGCAGAGUUUGGAUGUGCCUUUAGUGAGGCUGAGAGUCAUAGUGUUUUGGGGAGUAGAAGGGUUAGUGCGGUGAGUGUGAAGGGUGCACGGGGGAGUUUCCCACACCGGGCAACAGCCAACAAUAAUGUCAAUCACAACAAUAAUAUUGGACAAUCAUCAUUACCGCCAAGUACUACAAGAGCAACUCCAGGAGAUUUCCGCCAUCUUAGGCAACAACAACAUCAACAACAAGAAAAUCAAGAAAAACAAGAACAACCAACGGAGGCAUUUACACAAAAUAAACUCUCACGAACGCCUGAACGCAUCACACUGCGAAUACCAGAAUAUAUGAAUAAAAAAGGAGUAAACACAGUGGCGACUGCGAUUGCACCACCACCACCACCGCCGCCUUUGGAAUCCACGAAAAGACCACCACUCCCACAACCCGCAUUGGCACAAGCGAAGGAAGUCACACCAACGGCGCCAACACAAACUUUACAGCGAGAGACGAAUGCGGCGGUUUUGCCUGGUGCUGCUGGGGGUAAACGAGAUGUGAAUCCCAACGAGAAUAGUAAUAGUGAUAGCCCAAAGUAUAAAAUUGGCACUAUGAACACACGAAGACGAAUGAGUUUGCGAAGGGGACGUAUUUCUAUAGAUGUGUGGGAUCCUGAUUUUACAAGAGGCGAGGAUCGUAAUAUUACAGUGGAUCCUUCCUAUCUCCAAGGUGUGAAACAAACACCACCAACACCAUCAGCACUAGCACAGCAACAGCAACAACAAAAGCCACUACAUCCACUACCACUACAAUCACAACCACAACCACCACCACCACAACAAGAGAAACAGAAAGUGGAUAACAAUGCACCGCGUGCUGUAGUUCCUAUCAAUAAAAUGCCUUCAGAGCAGCCACGCAGUAUGCCUCUUGCAGAGAUGAAAAAUAAUCAGCAGAUUACAGGUGCACCACCAGUGAAACCAUCACCAUUAUCACCACCUAGAAAAGUAAAUGCGGGAAUAAAUGGAACAAAUCCCCCAGCUCCUACAAAUAGGCCUACUACUACUACUACUACUACUAAUAAUAAUAAUAAUAAUAAUAAUAAUAAUACUAGACCGCCUCCUCCUCCUCCUUCUACUAAUACUAACACUAAUACUACUACAAUAGCAACAGCAUUGACGCAAACAGCAUCAGUGGGGGCACAUGCCACAGUCGUUUCACCACCAGCAAUGGUACAUCAGAACGACUCACGUGCUGCCGAGGCUCCCUCCCUCAAUAAUAGUAAUAAUAAAAAUAAUAAUAAUAGUGUGGAUGGUACAAAUAUGCAAAAGACAUUAAUGGAUGAGAAGGCCAGACGACGGGCUGAAGAACUACGACGAAAACUUGAGGAGGCCUCUGCGGCCGCAAAACGCACACCAAUGUCAGCGGGACAAGUGAAAAGAAUUGUAGUAGUAUCAUCUCCACCGCGUCUUCGUUCAACCACAGUCUCUGCAGCACCCACCAUUGAGGAGAAUGUGAUACAGAAACCAGUGUUGGUUAAAGGCCGAACCACAGUACAAGAUAGUCCAGCAGUAGUAUCAACAACAACAAAAGUAGAAGAAACUUCUGCAGGAGGGAAUUUACAAGUUAAACAGACUGUAUUUUCUACUGGUGGUUUUGGUAGUAGUAAUAAUAAUAAUAAUAAUAAUAAUAAUAAUAACAAGGAGAUAGGAGUGCGUCCACUUCCAAGCAUGAAUGCGAAUACAGGAAAGAUUACAUGCUCUGUGAAGGUUACUGCUAUCAGUGGUACUGCUUCUUCUAAUACGAAGGAGAAAUUACCAGGAAACACAGCGGUAGUAACUUCAAACACUCAACAGAAUCAUAAGGAACAAGAACAACCACAUCAAACAAAUGAGAGUUUGGACUCACAGAUACCAUGGAAAGUGAGAAUGGUGUUAAAUGAAGAGGAAGCAGAACGGCGUAAGAUUUACCGUAGUGAAAUAGCUGAUCGUGCACUAGUGCUUAAUUUGAUUGUAAAUGCACAGCAAACCUUAAAUACCAAUCUCACAUUCCGGGAAAAAGAGGCAGAUACGGCUCUUAUUAGUCCUUCACUGGUUCCCCGUAGAAACUCCACCUUGGCUCCAAAGAAUAAUUACAGUAUCCCAAGAAGUGAUAUGCGACCAUCAAAGAUGGAGGAUUAUAGUGGGUUAAAGCCUAACAAUACCGUCGCACCGUUAACAGGCAUGGCAACUAAAACUACCGCAAACACAACAACAACGGGAAAUCUACAAAAGACCACACAAACAAAGGAUACACAUAAUAAUAAUAAUAAUAAUAAUAAUAAUAAUAAUAAUAAUAAUAAUAAUAAUAACCCCACCACGGCGAAUACUACAAUGCCUUCUCCUGGUAUUGUGCCGCCGCUUACAAAUGAGGAGACACCGGGAAAGACUACACGACAUCGUCGUCACCGAACAUCUAUGCGACGCCAUCAUCAUCAAUUAAUGGAUAUGCCCCCUUCUAACAGUCGUGCCCAAUUACGUUCACUUGCGACCAGUCAAAUACUACCAGAGAAUGUGGAGGAAAAUCAAAUUCCACAAGAACAAAAUCAUCCCCCCCACUCACGCCGAUUAUCUUACGGUGAAUCCCACAGACAUCAUAGUACCAGUGGAAGGCCAGCACCCGUACCUACACAAAGCGAACAGAAUAACAGUGGAUCCACACAAAAUAAUAAAAACACGGCAGGUGUGGGAGUGAUGAAGACCGCCGCUGGUGCGUACAACACGCGAGGACGGCGCUCAUCCCGCACACCAUCGCCCGUGGCCCCAACAACGCGGCGAGUCGGCCGGCGGCCCUCUUCAAAGUCACUUGUCGUCGCGACCGGCCCCACACGUACGGGGUCGAGGAAUAGAGAGGAUGAACAACACAGUAAACCACAAUCAACAAAACAACAACAACAACAGCAGGGAAUGGAGUAUAAUAAAUACAAGGGAGGAGUAUUGCCACCGCUCUCUUUGCCUCACCAGCCCAGCGGCGUUAAGGAAGGGACAUGGAUGCAUUCACCAAAUAUACACUACUGA